AUGCAGGGGUUCAACGACAGCAGCCAGCAGUUGACCCUGAGAGUGGCAAAGCUGGAAGAGGAGAACAAAGCCCUCUCCGAAGCCAACCUCCGCUUAUCCCAAGGGCAGGGACGUGGACAUGGGAACGAAGGAGGAGACAACAACAACAACGACAAUGGUGAAGAGGGUCAUCAUGCGGACGGCGUUGGAGUGGCGGAUGACCCCGCCGCCCCGUUUGUAGUUCCGGGAGACAGGACGGCGUGUGUGCGCCAGGUGUCCGAUACCCUGGUGGGGUGCCACGGCGGGACUAAUGUGCUCUGCGCCCGAGCGUGCCCAGGUUUGCCGGGCAUUGUGGCGAGCGGCGGGGCGGACAUGUCGCUGCAGGUAUCCCGUCUAGCGCAAGGUCUGGGUGAUAAUGAAGGCAACGCCGAUUCCGGCGGCAGCGCUAGCAGCAGUAGCAGAAGCACCGAGCUUCACCGCUUGAAGCUCGCCGCCCCGGUGCUGUCCAUGGACUUCUGCCCGUCAUCGGUUCCUUUCCGUGGCGGCGGCGGCGGCGGUAGUGCAGGCCUACUUCUAGCGGGCGGCAUGGACGGGAGUAGUCACCUCGUCUCCAUCGACGGCAGCCACGGUGGUGAUGCCGGUGAUGGUGGCGACGGCGAGGAGACGAACGGGGUAGCGUUGUUGGCCUCCAUGAAGAACCACGCCAAAUACGUCGUCGUGUGCAGGUACAGUACUUACCGUAGAACUUUUGCGAAAGAGCGGCAAUCAGGUUUUGCCGCCGUGGCAUAA